AUGACUAGAGUUGCGAGGACGGCCAACUCAAUGGACGAUCUCAUGGGGUAUGCUAUGGAAUAUUUAGGUGGUGUGAUUCCCCAUAACGCAUAUAGUGGAAUCAUACAGAUCAUAAGCUCGAUUGGCGAUAAUUCCGGUGCUAGGCAGAGCAGCGUUCAGAACCUGAAGCCUGUUAUAUGCGGGAACUUUGAGCAUGAUGCUCGUCAAUCGGAACUUGAGCGCCGUUUAGGAAGAUAUGGGAAGGUUGAUAGGGUCAAUAUAAAAGCAGGAUUUGCCUUGAUUUACAUGGAAGAUGAACGCGAUGCUGAAGAUGCAAUUAGGGGGCUUGAUAGGAUACAAUUUGGUAGGCAUGGGCGGCGGCUUCGUGUUGAGUGGACAAAGGAAGAACGUGGUGGUAGAAUGUCUGGCGGUGAAAGAAGAUCAUCAGCUAAUUCAAGGCCUUCAAAGACAUUAUUUGUCAUUAAUUUUGAUCCAGUUAGUACAAGGAUAAGGGACUUGGAAAGGCAUUUUGAACCUUAUGUAAAAGUUCUGAAUGUCAGGAUCAGAAGGAAUUUUGCUUUCAUCCAAUUUGAAUCACAAGAUGAUGCCACCAAAGCGUUGGAAGCUACUGACGUGAGCAAGAUAAUCGAUCGGGUGAUGUCAGUGGAGUAUGCCGCUCGGGAUGAUGAUGAAAGAAGACAUGGCGAUGAAAAAAUAAAUGGAUACAGCCAAGAUAGGAGGGAAGAGAGGUCUCCAGAAAGGAGAAGUCGCGAUCGUGGGCGUUCAGCUAGUCCUUAUGGCAGAGGCGUGGAGAGUAGGGGUGCAAAAUGGGCCUGCUAUGGUGUUCUAAGGUUUGUCAUGCAGAAUAGCAACGGAGUCUUGAGCCCUUACAGCAAGCCUGAGGAGCAGGGAGGGAGUCCAAAUUAUGGAAGAGCUGAAAGUCCUGCUUAUGACAGACAUCGCAGCCACAGUGCACCACCAAGAACUCAAAGGGGAGAGCUCACUGAUCUCCUCGACCCGUCACUCACAAAGAGGAUCGCAGAAAGGGGGUGA